ACGUCGAACAAAAAUGUAUAAUGCUGAAAUGCAAAUCUCAUCGGUCAAGCUCAAGUCGAGCGAAAAUCACAGCAGGUCAUGCUGUUCGGUUCGUUUCAAGGUUUCGUUUCUUCUCGGACUGAAUAAAGGUGCCAAUCGAGCAGCAUCAAUCGGUAUGACAAAAUUUAUUUUCUACCACGAAUAAUACGGUACAAAAACAAAUCGG